UUCGAAAAAAAUACAUAUAUUGUGCUUGUGGGUGAACCCAAGAUGAGCUAGCUGGUUGCUGCUCUCUCCAACCAUUGUUGUUUCCCAUCCACGUACUACCAUCUCACCGUCGUCCAACCAAUAUGGCUGUUGAGCAUGGGCAUCUCGCCCGAGCAGCUGCAGCAAUACUCUGCCUGUUGAUUUUCCAUGUAGCACCGUCUGAUUCCCAUUCUCAAGCCAGGGGAUCAGGUGGGAGUGGGACUACAACCUGCAUCAGCAGGGAGCGGGAUGCGCUUAUGUCCUUCAAGUCAGGGUUUUUCGAUCCUGUUGGCCUUCUCUCGUCAUGGCAGGGCCAAGAGUGCUGUGAGUGGAAGGGAGUCAGGUGCAGCAACAGAACAGGCCAUGUCGUCAACCUUAACCUCCGCGGCAAUUAUAUAUAUGAUGUGCAUGACUUCUUGAGCUUGUCCAAGGGUGGGAUGAGCUCCUCUUUGGCAGCCCUGCAACAUUUGAGGUAUCUUGAUCUGAGUGGGAAUUACUUCAAUGGCACAAGCAUACCGGUGUUCUUGGGUUCUCUGCAGAAUCUUAGGUAUCUCAACCUCUCCUUCUCAAGUUUCAGCGGGAGAAUACCUUCGCAACUCGGUAAUCUCUCAAAAUUGCAAUAUCUUGAUGUUAAUCAGAAUUAUUACUAUGAUUCCUAUAAUCUGAGCGUGGUGGACCUUGCAUGGUUGGAGGGUCUCCCUUUGCUGAAUAAUCUUGACAUGAGCGGUGUCGACCUCAGUCCUGUGCUGGAUUGGAUUUACAUGGUUAACAUGCUUUCUUCUCUGAGAGUGCUUCGCUUAGCACAUUGUGGCCUUACCAAAACAGUGCCCGCUACUUUAAAAUCAAACCUCACACAUCUCGAACUACUUGACCUGUCAUCCAACCUGUUUAACACAUCACUAGAGCACAACUGGUUUUGGGAUCUCACGGGCCUUAAGGAGCUUCACCUCUCCUAUUGCAAAUGGCAUGGACCUAUUCCUGAAGAACUAGGAAAUAUGACCUCCCUUGAAGUCAUAGAUUUGAGUGAAAAUGGACUAGUGGGUUUGAUACCAAGCAACUUAGAAAAUUUGUGCAAUUUGCAAGUGUUGCUGUUCGAACAAAGUAACAUUAGUGCAAGCAUAGGGGAGUUCAUGGAUCGACUGCCAAGGUGCUCAUGGAGUACAAUACAAGUGUUGUUGAUGUCACAGACAAAUGUGACAGGAAAGCUACCACUGGGAGUUGGAGCACUUGGUAACUUGACAGUGUUGGAUCUCAGUGAAAAUAAACUUGAUGAUGUUCUCGUGAAGGAGCAUUUUUCAGGAUUAUUGAGAUUAGAGCAUCUGGACUUGUCGUACAACUCCUUGAAAAUGUCUAUUGACCCAAAUUGGGUUCCACCAUUUCGACUAAAAAUGGUAAACUUACAUUCAUGCCCAGUUGGCCCCCAUUUUCCAGAGUGGCUUAGAUGGCAGACCAACAUUGAUACGCUUAUUCUCGCAAAUACAAGUUUGGUUGAUGUUCUUCCUGAUUGGUUCUGGGUGACAUUUUCCCAAGCUUCACUCUUGGAUGCAUCAGAUAACAUGUUGCGUGGUUCAUUACCAAAAAAUCUACAACACAUGUCAGUUGAUAGUAUAUAUCUGGGGUCCAAUAUGCUUACCGGUCAAGUUCCACAGUUCCCUAUAAACAUAUCAUGGUUGGAUCUGUCAUCAAACUCUUUCUCGGGUUCGUUGCCAUCAAAGCUAAAAGCUCCACUCCUUGCCAUGUUAUUGCUGGAUAAUAAUCAAAUUACGGGAACCAUUCCAUCAUCCAUGUGUCAAUUGACUGGUCUGAUGCGGUUGGAUCUAUCGGCAAACAACUUAACAGGACAUGUUUUGCAGUGUUUGAAGCAGUCAGAUAACAAUUUUUUAGUGUCCGACACAAACUCUGCGGACCAAUUUGGUUCUAGCAUGCACACUCUAUCCUUGAGAAACAAUGAUCUCUCAGGUGAAUUCCCUAAAUUUAUUCAGAGUGCCCCGGGAUUGAAUUUCCUUGAUCUUUCAUACAAUAGGUUCUCUGGAGCAUUGCCAAAUUGGUUACCAGAAAAACUGCCACAAUUGCAAAUCUUGAGGGCGAGAUCAAACAUGUUUAGUGGUCCUAUUCCUAAGAACUUUAGUUGCCUUGGAGAACUUUAUUAUUUGGACAUGGCCAGUAACAAUAUAUCAGGGAGCAUACCGUGGUCUCUAUCAAACUUGAAAGCAAUGAGAGAUACAUCUAAGUAUGUGGCACACCUUGCUUAUGAGGAUAGCAUGGCAGUAAUCACAAAAGGCCAAACACGUGAUUAUACUUUUAAAGUCUACAGUCUAGUGGUGAAUUUUGAUCUGUCAUGUAAUAGUUUAACAGGACAGAUUCCAGAGGAAAUAAGUUUGCUCAUUGGGCUCACCGGUUUGGACUUAUCAAGUAAUCAGUUGACUAGCAAAAUCCCAAAUAAGAUUGGUGAUCUGAAGCAGUUGCAGUCCCUCGACCUAUCCAACAACAAGUUUUCUGGUGAAAUCCCGUCGAGUUUGUCAGCUCUAACCUAUCUGAGCUACUUGAACUUGUCAUACAACAACUUGUCAGGCCCGAUACCAUCUGGGCCGCAGCUGCAAACUCUCGACAACCAGAUUGAUAUCUACAUCGGCAACCCUGAUCUCUGUGGUUACCCUCUCCCCAAGAAUUGCUCUGCUAGUACCAAUGAUGCGGAGCAAAGUGUCGACCAUGAAAAUGGAAAUCAUGUCGUGCCUCUCCAUCUUGGGAUGGGCAUGGGGUUUGUGGUUGGCCUUUGGACGGUGUUUUGCACCAUGAUACUGAGGACAGUCUGGGCGGCUGCCUACUUUCAGAUCAUCGACAACCUGUUUGACAAGGUUUAUUUGUGGGUGCCGACAGCUUGCGCUCGCCUGAUGAAUAAGACCGACGACGACGCAACGUGAAGGACCCCGGCAUGUACUGUUGAACUACUGAAUAGUUGUAUGUUAUUGCUCUGUAAUUUGAAGAAUAAGUGGUACUUUCGUGUGUGUAUUGCUACUAUGUACUACUAGUGUCUGAUGCUAUUAUCAGCUACCUGUAAAGUUACUUAAUGUACCGUGGCACAAUGUAUUGUAUGGCUUGAAUCGAGUAAAAAUAUUUGAUAAUGUUUGUAAGAUGUCUGUAAGAAGACAGGAUCAGCACCUGAGGGCAGUCAGUACUCGGGCAUUACGACGGCCGGGGAGGUGUAACUGGUGCUGUGCCAACCAGAAGCAACUCCGGCCGUUGCUCGAGCUCUACAUGCAGGCUAGGAUCCUUCCUGAAUCUCCUUUGAACGGGUUCUACUUUGAGUCUGAAUGUGAGUGUCUCAAGAGUUGACACCUUCAGUUAACUGUUACCUUGUAACUCCUGUUUCCCUGUCACUUCUUCCUUUAUCUUGUAUUUUCUUUCCUUUUCCUUAUUUACAUUAAUUUUAGCGUCUCUAGUUCCCUGUCUGUUCGUGCAAUUUUAACCUGAUUUCGUCGACGGAAUUCGACCGGAUCCCAACUGUCAAGGUGCUAUUUCUCGUCCAUUAAUGAUGCACUUAGUACUGAAAACUGGCAAUGUGUAGUAGCUGUUACA